CACACACACACACACACACACAGACACACACAGACAGACACAGAGGCAGGAUGAGCCUGAGUUCUGCGCCGAUACUGUGUGUUUCGGAAGCGGGGAGAAGGAAAGCAGAGAGAGGGGAAGGAGAGAAGGUGAUGUAGAAAUCCCACCUUGCCUGGCACUGUCAUGGCCAGGCAGACGUGACUUGACUACUCUGAAGGCUGUGUUCACCAUCCCUUUCAUCCCCUACUGCAUCCAGGACAGAGGCACAGAGCAGGCUCACGGUGAUGUGAUGAGUAUUCUAUCGGUGAUAUUUCUGUCAGCCUUCUAAGGAACUCUUUUGAGUGCUGCAGAAGGCGUUGAACAGCCAGCAAAGACGCUGAGAAUGCAGAGGGAGCCGAAACCUUACAGCAGAGAGACAGAAGCCGACGGGAACGUAAUGUGAUUUUUUUUUUGGUUUAAUUUUGUUUUCCCUCUCGCCACCGACCUGAGGAUCUCUGAAACCAUGGACUACUUGUUGCUUAUCAUCGUUCUGCUGCCUGUGGCUAAUGGUUUCCAUCCCGAGUGCAUGAUUAAAAGGGAAAUGGAACGUUGCCUCAACAAACUGAGUGAAGAAGAUGAAACUACAUUUGAUUGCCCUGGAAUGUGGGAUAACAUCACCUGCUGGCCGAACGCGGAUUACGGGGAUGUGAUAUCUGUCAACUGUCCGGGAUUCUUCCGAAUCAUUAACUCUGAUGAUGUCCUAGGGAUAAUUUACCGAAACUGCACCAUUGAAGGUUGGUCUGAAACCUUUCCCCACUACUACGAUGCUUGCGGAGUUGAUGAAAAUAUCACGGAAAUCGAUGACCAGGAUCUGUACUAUGUAUCUGUGAAGGCUCUCUACACUGUGGGUUACAGCACCUCCCUGGUUUCUCUAACAAUUGCAAUGAUCAUACUCUGUCGUUUUCGGAAACUGCACUGCACUCGCAACUACAUCCACAUGAAUUUAUUCGUCUCCUUCAUCCUGCGGGCAAUAUCGGUCUUCAUCAAGGACGCCAUCCUGUACUCUGAGGACGAGGUCACUCACUGUUCCAUCACUACGGUCCAAUGUAAAGCGAUGAUGGUCUUCUUCCAUUACUGCGUGAUGUCCAACUACUUCUGGCUGUUCAUCGAGGGCCUCUACCUCUUCACUCUGCUUGUCGAAACUUUCUUCCCCGAGCGGCAGUACUUCUUCUCGUACAUCCUUAUUGGCUGGGGCACGCCCACCAUCUGUGUGACGAUCUGGACAGUUCUGAGGCUACAUUUUGAUGAUUCUGGCUGCUGGGAGACGAACGAACACCGUGCUCUGUGGUGGGUGAUUAAAGGCCCAGUCAUUGCCUCCAUCAUGAUAAACUUCGUGCUGUUUAUCGGAAUCAUAUUUAUUCUGAUACAAAAACUGCAAUCCCCUGAUGUUGGAGGGAAUGAGUCCAGCAUUUACUUCUGUGUGCAGAAAUGCUACUGUAAGCCCCAGAGAGUUAACCAGCAUGUGUGCAAGAUGUCAGAACUAUCUACCAUUACCCUGAGACUGGCCCGAUCAACUCUGCUCUUGAUUCCGCUGUUUGGGAUCCACUACACAGUCUUUGCCUUUUACCCAGAGGAUGUUAAUACCAGGGAACGGCUGGUGUUUGAGCUGGGAUUAGGAUCCUUCCAGGGACUUGUUGUAGCAGUACUGUAUUGUUUCCUGAAUGGGGAGGUACAGUCGGAGAUCAAGAGGAAAUGGAGGAGCUGGAAGGUCAACAGGUACUUUUCUGUUGAUCUCAAGCACCGUCACCCGUCGCUGGCCAGCAGCGGGGCGAACGGCGGGACUCAGCUGUCCGUUCUGAGCAAGAGCAGCUCGCAAAUCCGGAUGUCCAGUGUCAACGCGGAGAUUUUGGCCACAUGAACCGUCC